CACAAUUCCAGCAUAGAAUCAAAAACCCUCUUUUCUUCUCUUCUCUUCUCUUCUCUCUUCUCUGGUUGCUUAUCUCUCUCACUCCUUCAUCACUCACUCUAUCCGUUUCCCGCCGGCGGGAACUAAUCGUCAUUCCGAUAACCCUUUUACCGGAAUUUCAUCAUACAACAAUCAAUUUCCAACCUUUAAAUUUUUCGGGAUAAUAACAAUUUUCUAGAAUAGGGGUUAGGUUAAAUCUAUGGCGAACCCAUCUGGGACUGGUAACCAUCAAGAACAACAUACUCAUGUUAAUCCUUCUUCGUUUAACGGAAAUUCAGUCCCUGAAAGUUCUUCAGGUCUUGCUGUGAACAUGAAGCAUAACCCAGGUAUAUCUCUUGAUUGGACCCCGGAAGAACAAGCUACUCUUGAAGAUGGACUCACAAAGUAUGCCUCAUUAUCGAACAUAGUACGUUAUGCAAAGAUAGCCCUAUCACUAAAUAAUAAGACUGUCCGAGAUGUGGCGCUGCGAGUCAGGUGGAUGAACAAGAAAGAAAAUAGCAAGAGAAGGAAGGAUGAUCACAAUUUGUCACGAAAAAGUAAAGAUAAAAAGGAAAGGGUUUCUGACCCUGCAGCAAAAUCAUCUCAAAUUUCUGCUCGACCCAAUGUCCCUCCAUAUGCGCCACCAAUGAUUACAAUGGACAAUGAUGAUGGCAUCCCAUAUGCAGCAAUUGGAGGUCCCACUGCUGAUUUAUUAGAACAAAAUGCUCAAGCCUUGAGCCAAAUCUCUGCAAAUCUGUCCUCUCUCCAGAUACAAGAGAACAUCAAUCUUUUGUGCCAAACUAGAGACAACAUCAUUAGAAUAAUGAAUGAGAUGAAUGAUUCACCAGAGGUGAUGAAGCAAAUGCCACCUCUUCCAGUGAAGAUGAAUGAAGAGCUGGCCAAUUCCAUACUUCCAUUACCACCUCACCAGCCUCAGUCAUGAUGCUUUUUAUUCAUCGUUAACAGGCUCGCCUCUUCAUUGUUUCUUUCUCCAGUGGGAUCCAAGAUUUAUCUUUGGAAAAAAAAGAAAGAAUGAAUAAUUGUUGAUAAUCGUCAAGUUGAAUUAGUUUUCAUAAUUUUUUACUUCUGAUGUUAGCUUAUCUUGUUCCCUUGUUCUGCUCUAACUUAGUAGUACAAUAGGAAUUAUUUUUAUUCAUGGUAUUAAUUAAUUUAAAUUUAAGCAAUAAGAGCAAUAAGUUGUGUUGUGGUAUGAUUUUAUUUAUAGUACAUGUUAAUUUUGUUUGUA